AUGCGGUACUUGGCUAAUUGUGGUGUGAGUUUGAGUAUCUGGGCUAUAGAUCCGGGAACCCAGCAGGAACCCUGCAACCGCCAGAUUAACCUUUUUAUACGGGCACCUGGAGAGGCUUCAGUCGGCCGUUUGUUGCAGUACGUGCAUUGGCAAGCUUCGCAGCAAGCUACAUGCCCCGAAAUCGACCCUGUUCAGAAAUUCCAUUUGACAUUCAAGGGUACCAGUUUGGAUCUUGAGCAAGUGGUCAAAGAAAUAGAGCCCGAUGCUGUGGGUGCGUUGACGCUGAAAAUGGAGCGUGUCACGGUACACACAGGCUCUGCUUUGAAUCUUGACUACACUCCGGAUGAUGAUUUUGGGUAUACGAACGUGGAAUUGCAAGUCAACGUUCUGUCGUCGGACAAAAUCUUGACACGCACCGAAUCGAAGGCCAAAUGGGACACCACUUUAGCACGACUCAAAAAGCUAGCCACGAACAUGUUGAACGAGUACGAGGCCUGCAACCCCACUAAUAUUUGUACUUGCCGCGAACACACCGUCGAUGAUUUGGUGGGGUUUGAUCUCUUGGGGCGGUCAAAUCCCACGCCCCUCAACUCCGACGACUCCAACAACGACCUGAGGCUCGGCGACCUGUUGGCGAUUGACUUUGCUCCUAGUGCAACCGGGAGCUGCUGUGUGAUGUUUCGAACGCAGCACAAUCAACUAUCUGAGAAUGGCGUCACCAUAACGUUCAUAUCAGAAGCUCAGCUCUCUAUGAACAAGAUGGCCAUAGACCCCAAUACGACCGUGUCAGACGUGAAGGAAUUUAUUUGCACCGUCUAUGGACACGCCCUGCGUUUGACAAAUGCUGACGUGAAACUAAUCUACAAGGGUCACCUGCUGCGCGACACCAAUUCUUCCGGACAGCUUUCUAAAGUAUUGGACUACAUCUCAGAGACUCAAGGUGCGAAAGUGCAUGUUCAGAUUAAUCAAGAAUACACCGAGCCAGGGCCUGGAUUUUGGAGCGAGCUGUUUAACAAUUCUGAUCGCUUUUCAUUCAUGAACCGAAGCUUAUCUGAAAACACACAGAAUACUCAAACACCUGAUUUAGCACAGCAGCCCAUACUACCUACUCAAGAAACAGCUCAAAAUCUUUUCACUGAGGCCGAGUUCGUUACUGAAACCGGCGCCCUAAUUGAACGCACUGGCCAAGUUUUCGAAAAAGUGGUGAUAUCCGGCCAAGAAAGCUUUGUUAAAACAUCCUCGUUUGAGCCGACCUCUACUUUCAUAGAAUUGAAUGACCAGCAAAUUGAAGUAUUUCCAGAUGAGGUGGCGGAGUUGCGAGGCGUGGUUCUGCUAUCUCAGCGACUUAUUUCAAGAAUCGAGACCUCCUAUGGUGUCAAAGUUUCAGCCCAGCUAGCUAAUCAUGUACCAUGGACCUUGUUACAGAACAACGCUACCCAAGAGCCUGCUUUGGACGAAAACGUGAGCGACCUGGCCGAUGGGCCAGCAGAAGCUGACGAAGUAGGGCGUAUCGCGCGCAUAAGGCAAUGGACGCGAACAAUCAUGCGAACCAUAUAUUUGAUUAUCAGGAACUCUGUUUUCUACUUUGUCAUCUUCUUUCAAGUCACUGCUUAUGUGCGUUCUCUAUAUUUGUUUGUUGGUACGGGUUUAAUCCUCCUGAAGACAAUAUGGAGCACAUCAGAAAUUUGGGAAAUCUGGGGGGAGUUACUAUGGCCUGGUCAAGAGGAGAAGCUUAAUGAAGGGGAAAUUCAACAGCUGCAAGAAAUAUAUCGCGGCGGCGAUUUGUCGCGGUCUUUCUACAGCCGGUUUGCCAAUAGUCCAGCAAUUACAGAAGCUCUCAUCGAACGCCUACGAGGAAAUAAUGACCUGAAGCUGAAGCUGAUACGUGCAUUUAAAAUGGAUCCCCAGGACUCGUUGCAAAUCAUGGUCCCUAAGCUGCUGGAAGAAUGUAAUUCAACACAGCAUGACGAAGUAGAUAUCUCUCCUCUCCGAGAACUAUUUGACCCAUUCAUGCACGAGAUAGUUGAAUACCUAGAGGAUAUACCAAGGUUAAAUGCCGUCAACAAAGGUAUCCUCGCUGAAUAUCGCAGGUACGUCUACCAGAGAUCUGCCUUGCCAUGGUAUCGCAGCGCAACACUUUGGUUGUCAGACGUUUACGACAAAAUCAACAACGGCGCCUUUAUUAGGGCACUGGUACAAGGUGACAGACGUCGAUUGCGCGGCUUUAGAUUGCUGCAACGUGGAAUUGUCGACUUUCUAAGACUAGUCACGCUAUUCUUGCUUAUUCUGGUACCACGCUUCCAAAGACAGACACUCCUGGAGGUGAACCGCCUCACAGCACAAUAUAGGGAUUAA